ACUAAUCACAUUAGCAAUAGUUAGCUAUCUUACAUAAGUCUGUAAAUGUGAUGAUGCAUAGAAUGCUUUAUAUAUUUUUUAUGGUGAAAAUUAGCUUCCCCUUAACUUGAGACUCGCAUGCCUAUGAGCAAGACAGUUAGGCCUAAACACUCUGUUUUCCUUUGCUAAUGUUUCCCCCGUCCGUCCGUCCGUCCGUCGGCUGUCAGUUAUGUCGAUGACUGUGUACAUACGGCACGCCAAUCACCAACACCGGAAGUCCCAUGACCGUCACAGCCCUAGUUGUAUGCUUGAGUUUGUUCAAGAGAGGCUUUGAUGCCAGAUUUUUGCAGAUUUUGCUUUAGUUUUCCUCAGCCUGUGUUUUGUUUCUCUCUCCUUUUCCUGUUAGAUGGUGAGGCUGCUUCUCUCCAGAGGAGCCAACAUUAAUGCUUUUGACAAGAAGGACCGCCGAGCAAUCCACUGGGCUGCUUACAUGGUGCACAUUGAGGAGGUGAAACUGCUGGCCUCUCAUGGAUCAGAGGUGUCCUGUAAAGACAAGAAGGCCUACACCCCUCUCCACUCUGCAGCCUUCAGCGGCAUGAUCAGCACGGUCAAGCAACUCCUGGACCUUGGGGUGGAUGUGAAUCAAUGCAUACAUACACCUCCCCGCAUUCAACUGUGUAGUCCCUGUUCAAUUACAACGCCACGAAAAGACAGAGCUCUAGUGUGUUGGAGAAUGAUUUCCUUUCAAGUAAUGAAGAUAUGGAGGUUGGGCCAGGGGUUUGGGACCAGGGGUUGGGACCAGUGUGUUGUGGCCAGGGAUUUUUCAUAA